AGUAAUUUAUGUGACUUGUGUGUUAAAUACACAAUUCUGUUGGUACAAUUUGCUCAGUAAAGAGACAUCAUACAAACUUUAGAAUGAACGUACUUCAUAUCACUACAUUGUUAGUAUUGAUUAUUGCAUCCACAAAUGGUGCCGCUAUUAGAGAAGAGAAACCAAGUAGUAAAAAUAAUGAUGAAAAUGGUAAAUCAUAUACGUUUUCGUACGUAAUCAAUGGCGAUGGUAGUAUUAAUUACCAUGAAAAUAAUAAUACACCAGGAGAUAGUUGGAGUUGGAGUUGGAGUAAUGAAGAUGGGUCGAAUGCAGGAGGUGGUGGUGGGAUUGGAGGAGGAGGUGGAGGUGGUUGGAAUGUAGGAGGAGGUGGUGGCGGUUGGAAUGGAGGAGGAGGUGGUAGCGGUGGGGGUUUCGCUGAUUUGAUUGGCGGUCUUUUUCAGGAUGGGAGAUUCUUUGACAAUAAAAAUAUUAAGUCCAAAUAAUUUACAGUACUAUUUGAACAAAUCGCACAAUGACAAAUAUAACUUAUAUAAAGUAUUUUGCUAUGAAGAAAAUAUAAAUUACGAACAAUUAAUAUUAUUAUAAUUAUUACUAUAUUAUAGAUUCUUUAUCAUUCUUGCCAAAUCAAAUAAUUAUUAUAAUUAUAAAAUAAAGGAUGAAAAUAAUCUUGUUAUUAUUAAUAUUAUUAGUUUCGUCAGUCUUGUAAAAUAGUAAAUACUUAAUUAUACAAUUAAUAAAUAAAUAAAUAAAGAUAGUAAAUAGCUACUG